GUUUCAUGGUGAAAGUGUUUGUGGUUCUGUCCAUUCAGCUGUUCAUCACUGCUGCGAUCAUCAGCAUCUUUGUUUUCUGCAAAGCUGUAAGAAAGUGGAUCCUUGCCAUGCCCUGGUUCCUGUUUGCACUCUUGGAUCUCCGGCGCCAAGUGCCCGCGAACUACAUUCUCCUGGCACUCUUUACCAUUCUGGAGGGCCUGCUGCUAGGAACCAUGUCAAUCGUCUACAGAGCGGAUGAGAUACUCUGGGCCACAGGAGCCACCACUGUGGUGACACUAGUGCUCACUUUGUUUGCACUACAAACAAAAUGGGAUUUUACCCUGCUGAGUGGAGUGCUGUUUGCUUUCUCCGCUGUGCUACUGAUCUACGGGAUUAUUGCACUUGUGAUUCGAUCAUACUGGUUGCAUCUGAUAUACGCAGCCCUUGGAACACUGCUCUUCUCUGGGUACCUGGUGAUGGACGUGCAGUUGAUGGUGGGGGGCCACUACCAUUAUGAGAUAGACCCCGAAGAAUACAUUUUUGCUGCUCUGAACAUCUAUGUGGACAUCAUCAGCCUUUUCGUAUUCAUUCUGGACCUGCUUGGACGAUAG